AUUUUUACCUUGGAAUGAAAGCGAAUUGGGUUUGCUUUACUUCCGGGUGACGUAUGCGGAAUUACUUCCAACAUUUCGAGUGACGUAGCUAGACAAUAAGAAUCUUACUCUUUAAAUGCAAACACGUUUGACAACUAAAUCGUGUUAAAAGCUGUCACGGAACAUGUCAACAAAACACAUAGCCAAGCCUUCACGGAGCAACAAGAGAAAUGAACUGGAACGAAAGAGAGACGAGCGGUCAGCGCGCCGGGCUCUCGCCAAGGCCCGUAAGAAUCGUCCUCAGGAUGGCAAUGAUGAAGCAGCAGCAGAGUUUCUCAGUUUCUCCACUCAGCUGCAGGCAAUGGGGCUGAUGCUGAGAGAAAUCCCUGGUGAUGGAAAUUGUUUGUUCAGAGCUCUCGGAGACCAGUUAGAAGGUCAUUCUCGAUCUCACCUGGAGCUACGUCAGGAGACUGUCGACUACAUGAUGUCCCAUCGACAAGACUUUGAACCCUUUGUAGAGGACGAUAUCCCCUUCCUGGAGCACUUAUCCAACCUGGCACAGCCUGGAACAUUUGCAGGCAAUGACGCUAUCGUGGCUUUUGCUCGCAGUCAGCAGGUGAAAGUGGUCAUCCAUCAGCUGAACACACCACUUUGGGAGAUAAACGGUACAGAGAAGCAGAUGUGUAGAGAACUACACAUCGCAUACCGCUAUGGGGAUCAUUACGACAGCGUGAGGCGCAUCGAUGAGAACACAGAGUCUUGUGGUCAGAUACGCUUUCAGGUGUCCAACAAGCAGAGAAAAGAGGACAAAAGACACAAGAAGAAGCAGCGUCAAGAGGAACGAAAUAGACUCAAAGUCCUCAACAGACGCGAACAGAACCAGAAACUACCAGAGGCUGUCACUUUAAUACCAGCUCUAAACACGCUCAGUAUAUGAGACCAAAGAAAGAACUGCUGGUGAAUAGUGUUUUCUCAAAAGAACUUUGCACAGUCAAAUUUGAUGAAGAGUCCCCCAAGGUGACAGUAAGAGUGCCUGCAAAUAUGGAGCGUGGAAAAGACACUGUGGGACAAACCUCAUCUUUGAGUAUUCUUGUGUUUGUGCCAAGACCUGAUUUUUACAAACAUUAAGUUUGUGUGUGCACACAUACGAUUAUUUCUUGAAACAUGUUUUUCUCGAUUAUUUGCUGAAGACUGAAUUCACUUUGGUUCUCCAGAUGCAUUGUUUGUUCCAUCUGACCAAAGGAAUAAGAGCAGGAAACAUACCACAAACCGUUAUACACCCCAUUUAUGAGGACUCAUAAUCUAAAUGCAGAUGAUAUACGUAUUCAUGUAUAGUCAGACAUUAUUUAUUUAUCCAAUAGUAUUUAAUUUUACGUCAUCCAAGUUUAUAGCAACACAACUGAGCAUGAACAAAUGGUUGCCAAAAAAGUUGUAAAAUAAGGGGGGUGGGGUGGGGGAUCCAUGAGUGUUUGCCCAUUAUUUAAUACUCUGCAGUGGCAUUCUUAAGAAGAAAGUGCAGACUACUGCCCAGGUUGGUCAACAAAAGAGACACUAAAUGACGGUAUUAAAUGUUCUAUCAGGAUACAUUCUAGUAAUUGUAUUGUUUUUUGUAGUUAGUUCAUCUGCCACUAUGUUAGGGAAUUAUGAAGCGGCCAGGCUUUAUAGUUUUCGCAGUGGUGUGAUGGGCAUGUAUCUUUGUUUUUGUUUUUUUGAGGGUGGAGGUGUCCCAGGCCAUUUACUUAUUCUUAUUGUCUUAAAUACAAAACGACAAACAAUUGUUACAUACACAAGAAGACAAAAUGAAUCUCGUUAACCAAAGUAAAUCUUUUCUCUAACAAGGUGGAUUAAUUAUGUUUUGCGUUUAGUUUGCAGCCUACAUUCUGGUUCAUAGAGAACUGAUGUAGACUUGAUGUGGACUGAUGAGGUGCUGUGGAAUUACUACCUUUUAACAUAAAGUGCAUUUUUUUGGUAGAAUUAUUUUCUUCUUUCUUGGUGGUAGAGGUAAAAUACACAACUCACAAAAGGCUUUGGAUAUUGGGCUAUAAAUUCAAAUUUUGGGAUGAAUAAAUCCACAACUUUUACAGUUAAGCUAUCAUGACCUUUCUAAUUGUUGGUAAAAUUGUCUCUACUUUAUGCACACAUUGUUCCUGCUAUAUUCUAAAAAGGGGAUCUCAAUGGUAAAAAUGUGUGGGGGUUUUCCCUCCAAGGACAUCCACUUGUAUGCCACUGCAAUAUGCAUAGAAACAGUUUGGAAUGUUCCUUUACUGGGACAUAAUUGCUUCACUGAAUAAUUUAAGAUACAGUAACACGCAUGUUAGCACAAUCUGUGAGUUGAUGGGUGGUUUACCAUGCAGUGCCUUUGGCUCUGGAGAAAAUGAUUCAUUUUCAAGAUUAUAUAAAGCGGGAGUGAGGGACCUUUUUGCUAUCAGGACAUUACAACAUUUAUGAAGAGCAAUCGAUACAAUGAUCAAACAAAUAUUUAUAUUUUGGGUUUUUUAUUUUUAGACAAGUUUCAGAAGCAUUGAUUUGUCGUUUUGUUGUUGUUGUUGCAUUAGGCCUACCAGCCCAAAAUAGGGGUUGAGGGACUGUAACUCUAUGGUUGUCAAGUGUAAUGGAACGGAGGACGUGGAACCCCCUUGAGAUGAAGCAUCAUAACUCACUUAGCCCAUUAUUCCAGAAACAUAACCUAAUUAGAAACUAUUGACUCUUAGCAGAACCAUGCCAGUUUCAUGUCAUUGGAGAUAAGAGUCAUUGGACUGGGAGAUGAUAUUAAACCGUGUUGCCCCACUCAGCUAAUCUAAUUGGACACCAGCAAGGAACACUGACCAAGAAUAGCAAGUGGAGUCUGGUUAAGGUCAAAUACAUCAAGACAAUAUGGAAUGUCAGGAAAUGGAAUAUAUAAAAUGCGGUACAUUGAUAUCCUAGACCAGGGAUCACCAAUGUUCUAAGAAUUGCUUAGUGGUGAAGGGACAUUGUGACUUCCUAGGAAUGUUGUAGAAGUGAAUUAUGGGCUGUGAAAUACUUUUAAAAAGGACAGGUUUCAAAAAAUGGUUUAAAAAACCCAACAACUAAAUGGGUUGUUUUUUAAUCACAAUGUUGGUUAAUGAGUAUUGAUUAAAUGAGGAUAACACCAGUUUAGUCAUGGUGUGCAGUCUUGAUUAGCUUUACACAAUGUCCAAACUUUGUCAUUGUAUCUUUUAGCUUGAAAAACAAAAAAUUGUUUUGGCCAAAAAUAGAAUCAAAUGUGCUUAAUUGGACAGCUUCCACUGGCUUUUUUAAAACACAUGAAACAGUUAUAAGAAAAAUGACCACUUUAGGAAAUAAAUGUUGACUUUAUUAAAAUGCCAUAAAAUAAAACUGUUGAAAAGAGCUGCUAGUGAAAGGCAAAGUGACAAGAAAUGAUCAAUCCGGCCCAGUGUCAUCAUUCAGAUCUGCUCUUGACUGGAAAUAUGAAGUCAUCCACCAUUGUAAACUUCUCUCCUCGGUCUGUUCUUGAGAAGGAUUCACCUGUCCAAAUGUUUGCUUUAUUCCAGUUUGAUUUGGUCAUUGUAAAAAAAAAUGUGACAAAUCGGACAAACAAUUAACACAUUUGAAGGUCAUUGCGUGAGGACGUCAGAAAUCUUGUCUAAUGUUCUCCUUGUUCUCUUCCCCCUGCUGCUGCCUGAGCUGACCGAUUUCAUUUUCUAGAUGUACGAUGGCCCGCUCGAUCUCAUAGUUCUUGCUGACCAACGAGACCCAGCUGUUGAGGGACAAGAUAUGUCAAAUCUUAGCCAACUAAGAUACAAACAAAUGAAUUUCACUCAAAUGCGUCACAUACUUUGACUCCAGCUCUCGCAGUUUGGCUCCUCCGACUAACUGGUCAUUUUUCCGCUGCCAAUUCAAAGCUUGAAUUUGUUUCCUAUGUGUGACAGAAGUGAAAUGAACUGAUAAAAAUGUAUGCCUUCAUUGAAUAAAAACCUUUUCAGGCGACUGUU